AUGGCCGAUGAAAUCGUUUUUGAGCUAUUACAUUCCGAAAUAAUAAAUUACGCAUUAGAACAAACAAAAAAUGAUAAAGAUACAAAGGAUACAGAUUUGUCAGUAGUAGAGUACAUUGGCUUUGCAGCGGGCUAUAAAAUAAUGGAAAGACUAACGAGGGAAUGGCCGAGAUUCAAGGAUGAGUUGGAUACUAUGAAGUUUAUUUGUACCGACUUCUGGACGUGCAUAUACAAGAAGCAGAUUGAUAAUUUACGAACGAAUCAUCAGGGUGUAUAUGUUUUACAGGAUAAUGCUUUCCGUUUUCUAACAAACUUCUCUAACGGCCACCAGUACUUAGAAUUUGCACCUAGGUAUGUUGCCUAUACUUGUGGUCUUAUAAGAGGAGGAUUGGCAAAUUUGUGUAUCAAUAGUGUGGUGACUGCUGAAGUCCAAACUAUGCCUUCAUGCAAAUUCCACAUCCAUGUCCAAAGAAGUUAA